CGGAGGAGGUCCGAAGUUGCCCAGAUCGGCAAAAUGAUUUGCUGUUGAAUAAAUACCACCUGCUUUCUCUCUUCUCUUCUUCUUCUUCUUCUUCUUCUCUAUCUGAUAUCUACUCCCUAUCGAUAUCAUCUCUACUUCACGCCAUCUCAGUCAUGCCCCCCUCUGUCGCUGUCGCUAAACCCGACUCCCUCGACUCCUUCGGGCGUCCCCUCGACCGCCCGCCCUUCGUCCAAGACACCCUCUACACCGUCGACGACCUUGUCCGCAGCCGUGCAAAGCACUACCCCGAUGUCCCCAUCCUCGCAUAUCCCUCCUCGGACUCCUCCUUGCUCGACUACUCCCACUACACCACCGCAGACCUCAGUCGCUUCGCCGACGAGGCCGCAUAUGCCUACCUUCGCGCUGGCAUCCAGAACAUCGCCCCCAUCUCCACCUCUACUCCCCCUGUAGUCGCCAUGCUCGCCCCCUCCGACAUGGACUACAUCGUCACCAUGGUCGGCCUCGUCCGUCUCGGCUACACAGUCCUCAUGCUCUCCAACCGUCUCCCCGCAAACGCAAUCGACUCCCUUCUCACCGCGACCAAAGCCGAGCUCGUCGUCCAUGCCUCCGCCUUCGUCCCCGUCCUCAAAGAAGUCGCCGCCCUCCGUCCUGACGGACUCAAGACUAUCGACAUCAUCUCCCGCAAGGACUGGGACCCUGCCGUGCCCUCUCCUUCCUCCGACUGGCCUCUACGCGGCCCCGCCGAUGCUCUCAAAAACUGCUUCAUCAUCCACUCCUCCGGCUCUACCGGCCUGCCCAAACCCAUCUUCCAGACCCACCAGGCCGCCAUCAACAACUACGCCUCCUCGUUCGAGAUGAAGGGCUUCAUCACCCUCCCCCUCUACCACAACCACGGCAUCUCCUCCUUCUUCAGAGCAGUCUACGCAAACAAGGAAAUCACCUUCUACAACGGCAAGCUGCCCCUCACCGGCUCCAACCUCACAAAGGUCAUGCAGCUCGCCAAGCCAGAGGUCUUCUACGGCGUGCCCUACGCCCUCAAGCUCCUCGCAGAGUCAAAGGCCGGCAUCGAAUGUCUCGCAAACUGCAACCUCGUCCUCUACGGCGGCAGCAGCUGCCCUGAUGAGCUCGGCGACCGCCUCGUCGAUGCGGGCGUAUAUCUCUGCGGCCACUACGGCUCUACCGAAACCGGCCAGCUUCUCACUUCGCUCAGACCGAAAGGCGACAAGGCAUGGAACUACCUCCGUCUCAACGGUCCCGUCAAGGACUACGUGCUCAUGGACGAAAUCUCCCCCGACGUCUACGAGUGUGUCUGUCUCGACGGCUGGAAGUCAAAGGUCGUCAGCAACUCUGAUAACCCGCCCAACAGCUUCCGCACCAAGGACCUCUUCUCGCGCCAUCCGACCAUCCCCGACGCCUACAAGUACCUCGGCCGCGUCGACGACCGCGUGACGCUCAUGAAUGGCGAGAAAGUCCUGCCGAUCCCAAUCGAGCACCGCAUCCGUCAAGACAUCCACGUGCAAGAGUGCAUCGUCGUCGGCGUCGAGCGCAGCGCGCCCGCGCUGUUUAUCAUUCCCAGCGACGCAACCGUGUCGAUGACCGAAGAGCAAGUCAUCGACGCCGUCUGGCCCGCCAUCGCAGACGCAAACGCGCACGCGGAGGCGUUCUCGCAAAUCACCCGCGAGCUCGUCCGCGUGCUGCCGUAUAAUGUCGAGUACCCGCACACCGACAAGGGCACCAUCAUCCGCGCGGGCUUCUACAAGGCCUUUGCAGCCGACAUCGAUGCCCUGUACAGCAGCUUUGAGGGCGGUGAGGGCACGCUUGCGCUCAGCGUGCCCGAGCUGGAAAAGUAUCUGUUUGAGCUUUUUACCGAGAGUCUGCACGUCAACCUCGAAGACGCCUCCUCGGACUUUUACUCGUUCGGCGCCGACAGUCUGCAGGCAAUUCGCGUGUGGAGUAUUCUCAAGCGCACGCUCGAUCUCGGCGGCAAAGCAGACCAGAUGAGCCAGAACAUUGUGUUUGAGACUGCAAACUGCAAAGCGCUCGCGCGCUACCUCUACUCUCUGCGCACAGGCGAGCAAGUCGCCGAGGACGACGACGUCGCGGCUAUGCAGGAGCUGUAUGAGAAGUACUCUGUCUUUACGCCGCAUGUCGCUGGAACUUCUGUCCCGGAUGGCGAGUACGUGAUCAUCACGGGUACGACUGGUUCGCUUGGUGCCCACGCGCUUGCUCAGGCUCUGCGUCUGCCCAACGUCAAGAAGGUCUACUGUCUAGUGCGCGCUGCGUCAGACAAGGACGCGCGCGCACGCGUGAUUUCGAGCUUGACCUCUCGCGAGAUUGUCGUCUCGGACGACGACUUGAACAAGAUGGAGGCCUAUCCGAGCGACUUUAGCCUGGCGAACCUCGGCCUUGCCGACGCGGUUAUCGAGGAACUCAGGUCCAAGCUGACGACCGUCAUCCACAGCGCGUGGGCGGUGAACUUCAACAUUGGCGUGCGCAGUUUUGAAAAGUACCACAUCAACGGCGUGCACAACAUGAUCCAGCUCUGUCUCGACACUACGACCGCCGCGCCUGCCAAGUUUUACUUUUGCUCGUCGAUCUCUGUCGCUGCUGGCACGCCGCUUCCCGCCGUCAUCCACGAGGCUCCGAUCGACAAGUUUGAGCACGCGCAAAACAUGGGCUAUGCGCGGUCGAAGCUCGUGACUGAGCACAUCGUCGAGACGGCGGGCAAGGUGUACGGCGCGCACGCGCGCGUCUUCCGCAUCGGCCAGAUCGUGGGCGACAGCGUGAACGGGAACUGGAACGACACCGAGGCUAUUCCGCUGAUGAUCCGGUCUGCAAUCACGUUGCAUGCGCUGCCUAGGCUGGACGAGACGCCGGCGUGGUUGCCGGUUGACUGCGUCGCGCGGUCGAUGCUCGAGCUGUCGGGUGUUUUGAACGACGGCGUGCCGCCCGAGGACUCGCCGGAUGUGGUCUACCACAUCAACAACCCGUACACGUUCCGCUGGACGGAGGACUUGCUGCCAGCUUUGAAGCGGGCGGGAUUGCAGUUUAAGGAAGUGAGUCAGCGGGAGUGGGUGCGUCUUCUGCGGGAGGAAGGGGACCAGGACCCGGUGCGGAAUCCGACGGUGAAGCUGCUGGGCUUUUUUGAGGAAAAGUACGAUAACGACAAGCCCGGACGGAAGGGUCUCGUGCUGGAGACGCAGGUGACUGCCGAGAAGAGCGAGGCGUUGAAGAACGCGCCGGAGCCGGUUGGGAGUGGGUUGAUUGAUUUGUUUGUGAAGAAGUGGCUCGAGAAGUGGGUUUGAGUCAGGUUGUGUUUCAGGAUAUUAUGUUUGUUUUGUUUUUCUGAUUAGUUAUAAGGAUAGAAAAUACAAUUGAGAUAUUGAAUAUGAAUGCAAGAAGGAAGUAGAAUUGCCGAUC